GUUAAAUAGGUCGAUAGAGACCCCAGUUCCGGUAUGGUACAUAAUAGCCCAUCCCUGCAAAUAACAAAUGGAUUUCUAAAAGGGCCUUAAUUCUAAAUAAUAUUAUAGAAAUAUAGAUUUAGUAUUGUGCAAAUGCUGUACUACCGCAACAUAGCAUCAUCAGAAAUGAAUCUUCACUUGUCUGUUUUAGCUGUUUUAUUAUUGCUUGUUCAUGUUCAUUCACAGAGUUUAGAGGCCAUCUUCAGCAACCCUUGCACAAAAGCUCAGACUUGUGGUGAAUGUGUCCAGAUUUCUCCCAUCUGUAACUGGUGUGGUGCUGAGGUGCUUGACAGAAAUGUUCCCCGCUGUGACAUUUAUGAAAACCUGAGGAAAAAAUGUGAGGACAAGGACAUCUCCAACCCAAAAUCACAACAGCAGGUGCUCAAAGAUGAUGCCUUUACCAGUGGUGGCGCUGGAGUGCCCCCCAAACAAGUCAAACCACAAGAUUUGACCUUUCAACUCAGACCAAAUGAGUUUGUGAGUUUUAAUCUGAGUUUCUCACAACAAGCUGACUACCCAGUAGAUCUGUACGUCCUCUUAGAUCUCAGCUAUGGAAUUGCUAGACAGAAAGAAGCUCAGGAAAGAUUAAUAGCUUUAGGUGCUGAUCUCCCUGUUAGCCUGCAAAGCAUUACCAACAAUUUUAGACUGGGCUUCGGAACUUUUGUGGACAAACUUUUGAUGCCUUACACAGCCUGGACAGACCAGAUGCUAGAGUAUCGUUGCCCAUCCAAAAACUGCAGCAAGCCACAUGAUUAUAAGAAUCGAAUGAAUUUGGAAGUGAAUACUACAGCCUUUGCUACCAUAAUGAGAAAAGCUCUAGAGGAUGUGUCACAAAGUAUGGAUGAUGCUGAGGGUGGUUUGGAUGGCCUUGUACAGUCCCUAGCUUGUGAUCAAUUAGGUUGGAGAGAUGUUUCAAGAAGAAUUAUUGUCUACUGUUCCAAUUCUUUGUUUCAUCUGGCAGGAAAUGGAAAACUUGGUGGGGCAACAAGACAGAGUGAUUUGAAAUGUGCUCUUAACGACAAAAAUGAAUAUGAGCAUGAGAAAAUUUUUGACUAUCCAUCAGUGAGCCAGAUUGCUCAUAAACUGCGUGAGAAAAAAGCCAAUGUUAUUUUUGCAGUUAUGAGCAAUGUUUCAGAACAUUACCAUCGUCUUGUUUCAUUUCUUGAUGGUGCUGUUGUGGGGGAACUGGCAGAAAACUCACAGAAUAUUGUACAGCUGAUCAAUGAGAAGUACAAAGAGCUUCGGUCUCGUAUCAAGUUCCAGACAGAAAAUGCAGACUAUGUGGACGUAAUUUUCAAGUCCAAGUGUGCAGGCAAUGUAUUUAAAGAAACAAGCAGUUGUGAAAAUCUAGAAAUCAAGCAACAGGUUGAUUUUAAUGUAACUCUGAUGGUACACAGUGAUAUUUGUAAAGGUCAUACAGGAACUGUGGAGAAAAAUGUCACAGUGAAAGCUGUAGGUCUCAAUGAACAGUUGCUGAUUCGGCUGAAUGUAACUUGUGGCUGUGAGUGUGAGCAGCCAAUCAGGGAGGAGCCAAACAGCCAAAAAUGCACGGAUGGGCACGGUACAUUUGAAUGUGGUAUUUGUAAUUGCCAUCCUGGCCGUUAUGGAAGAAAGUGUGAGUGUAACGAAACAGAGAUUUCAAGUCAAAAGUCACUGCAACGAUGUAGAGCAAAUGAGAAUGAGACAACAACCUGCUCUGGGAAGGGAGAAUGUAUCUGUGGGGAAUGUAAGUGCUUUACACUGGCAGCUGAUUCAGCCCAGAAAUACAGUGGCCCGUAUUGUGAAUGUAACGACUACAGCUGUCCCUCAGGUCCCAGUGGUUUAUGUGGAGGCUCUCUGAGAGGAACUUGUAUUUGUGGCAAAUGUCAGUGCAAUAAAGGCUGGACAGGAGAUGACUGUGAAUGUACAUCGAGCACAGAGACUUGUAAAACAGAGAAAGGGGUAAUCUGUAAUGACUCAGGGACCUGUAAAUGUGGGAAGUGUGUUUGUGAUCCAAGUUCUAAUAUGAUUGGACCAACAUGUGAGGAUUGUCCAACCUGCCCUAGUCAGUGCAGUGAGUAUAUUGAUUGUGCCCAGUGUAAAGCACAUGGGACAGGCAAACACAACAGAGAGGAAUGUGAUAAGAUAUGUCGGAAUGUCAUGACUGUAGACACACUUGAAACUGACGUAAAAGGUGUUAGAAGCUGUAAUGGAAUCGAUGUUGAUGGCUGCACAUUUUACUUCACAUAUGAGUACACGAAAGACAACAAUGUUUUAAUUAAAGCUCAGAAAACCAAAGAUUGUCCUGCAGAAGCUAACAUUGCUGCUAUUGUUGGUGGAACUGUCGCUGCUGUUGUUCUCAUCCCUCUCCUCAUCAUUUGCCUCAUCAUUUUCAUUCGCAACCGCAGGGAUGCCAAAGAAUUUGCAGAUUUUCAGCGUGAACAGGAGAAAGCAAGAUGGGACACCGGAGCUAACCCAAUUUAUAAAGAUCCAAAAUCAACCUUUAAGAAUCCAACAUAUAAGGGAGCUAAUUAAAACAGUUACUUAAAAAUCAAAGGCUUCCUUAUAUUAUAAGAUUGGAAUUUGUUUAUACACAUGUCAUGUAAAACUUAAGUAUGGCACAAAAUGUCAAAUACUAAAGUAUGCACACAAUAUUUUUGCUGAUAGUAAAACUUCUAAGAAUUCUAAAAGUACAGAUGCAUCUUUUCUAAUGUGGUUUUCCUCCAUUUGAUUUUUAGCUGCUAUGUAAGUGAUUGGUAAAAGCUUACAUACUUAACAGAGAAAUAUUUUACCAGAAGCAUUAUGUUUUUGUAUAUGAAAGGCUUUUAGAGCUUAUAUUAGAUUUUUUUGUUUUUAUAUCUGCAUUGCUGUAAGUUUGAUGUGUUAGUUUCUGAUUGUGCAUAUGAAAAAUGGAUGUUUUUCUGUUGCUGUUAGUGGUUGUGUAAUUAAUAGCUGUUUUUUUUGUGUGCAGAGUAUAGGUGGUUGUUUCUAUGGUUGUGACUUUUUAGUAAUUUAUAAAGAAUUUGACAGAACGUUGUAGGCUGCGUGGUUGUUUUAAACAUUGUUUGUUUGAACUUAUGACUUUUUUAUAUGUGACAUCAAAUCAUUUUUCUUUUACAUGUCCAAGUAAAAUAGUGAAUAAUUUCAAUUUUUAGAAUUUUCAUUCAAUUGCUUACAUUUGACAGAAGAGGGCAUUAUUUUGCAGAUAAAAUUAAAACCUAUCUAACUAAUAAUAAUUUAAAUAAUUUUUUUUCCUAAAUUAGCUCAAUAACAUAUACCAAUCAUUUUUAAUAGUUUAAAAAAAUUACUCUGUCAUUAUUUAUUACUUAUUUAUAUCAAUUACCAUGAGCAUGUGUGUGUGUUCACUUUAGAAUAUUAAAUUUUUGCUUCAAUGUAGUAUAUAUUAGAGGAAAUUUGAGAGAUUCAAGCCUUUUUAAUUUUUUAAUCUAAAAAGUUGUGAAGGGAAUUAAGUUAUUGAAGAGUUGACAAUUCGCACUAAACUUUUGCAUUUUCUUUGCAAGGCUAUAACAAUUUUUUUAAAAGUUGGUUGUGAUUAUUUAACAUUUUUAUGAUUUCAACAUUCUCAAAGAACUAUUCCAACACAUUUGUGAUUCUUUUAAUAGUUAUAUUUAUACUACAAUGAGUAUACAUGUGUUACAACUACUGUUAUUUUUAAGCCUUUUGUAAUUGUUUUACUGCUUUUUAAUGAGAUACUUUUUAAAUUUUUAGUUUUAAAUUAUAAAUCCGCAGAAAAAAAGUACUUUAAUCAAGAAUAGCAUUAACUAGCUAUGUUAAUAAUUCAAAGCAAAUUUUAAAAAUACAGAAAUGUUACAUUGAAUAUUUUAAUUUCCUGAUGAUGCGUAAAAGAUACAUUAAUGAAAAUCUUUUUGAAUGAACUUCUCGAGUCAGAUGUACACUAGAUAUUUUUUAUAAAUCUUGUUUUGUACAAUAUGUUGAACUGUGUGUGAUACUGUUUCUUACUGUGGCUUUUUACAAUAAAAUCAUAUCAAAGCUUAAAAACAUCUAUUUAAUAAAAUGCAGCUAGCAUUAAAAGCUAUGCCCAUAUUAGUUACCGCAUACCUAUCUGUCAGCUUUAUAUGUUUUUAUAUGCUAUUUUAAUUUAACAUUAUAUUUUAAUGAUUGUAUACUUCACACUUAUAUUACAGUUAUCCCCCUUGCAUGUCAUAUACCUUGUGAUUUGUUUUAGUGCCUUCAUAAUUUACGGUGAAUCUACUAUUGAUAAACCAAUAUUUUUGUUUUGAAGAAGAAAAAAACAGGAAAUUAUCUUUAAAUUCAAAUCUUGUUAGUUUAUGUUUUGUCAUUAAAAGAUGUUUAAAUUCACUUGUAGUGCAAAACACGAGCAUGCUACUGCCAGUAAGCUUUAAAUGAUGUACAGUUAGACUGAACAGUGUUCUCCACUCUAUUCAUCUCAUUUGAUCAGAUCAUUCCAUCUUUGUUUAUCCACAGCCUUCUUGUGUAUUUUUUUCAUGUGUAUUUUAUUAUAUUAAUUGACUAAAUUUAUACUGCAUUAAACAACA